AUGGCCGAGGAAGGCAUUGCUGCUGGAGGUGUAAUGGAUGCGAUUACUGUGCUGCAAGAGGUGCUGAAGACCGCCCUCAUUCAUGGUGGCCUCGCACGUGGCAUCCGAGAAGCCGCCAAAGCCCUAGACAAGCGCCAAGCCCAACUUUGUGUGCUUGCAUCCAACUGUGAUGAGUAUGUCAAGUUGGUGGAGGCACUUUGUGUUGAACACCAGGUCAACCUAAUUAAGUUUAAUGACAACAAGAAGCUAGGGGAAUGGGUUGGUCUCUGUAAAAUUGACAGAGAAGGGAAACCCCGUAAAGUGGUUGGCUGCAGUUGUGUUGUAAUUAAGGACUAUGGCAAAGAAUCACAGGCCAAGGGUGUCCUCAAAGAAUACUUCAGGUAUGUGAUUGGACAACAGACACAGUCAAGUCCCACGGCUUGA